AGAAAAUGGCCACAAGGUGUUUUUUUUUAUUUUUUUUUAAAUAAAAUGGCACAAUGGCAGGUUGGUUGUGAAUAGGUAAUCUAUGAAAGAACAAAAUAUAGUGGCAGAUUUGUCUGAGUUAAGGUGAAAUAACGUGGUAGAGGAAUGUAAAAAAAGAAAAAUUAUUUGAAGAUCAUUAUCUUUACUAGGAGUUUCAUAUUUUCUGUUCAUUUUCUUUAGAAGUGACUAUUCGAUGAGGAGUAUAGUGGAAGAGAAAUAGUGAUUUGAAAAAAUCAGGAACGACAAAUAUAAUUUUAAGUGUUCUUAAGUAAAGUUUUAGCUCUGCUCUGGAUACAGGAUAGCUCAGGAUAGUUCAAAGUGAUGCACAAAUUUAGGGAAAAUGAAGAACUGUAAAUAGGGAUAUCAUUAUGUCCCCUCCUGUCCUCCCCCUUCCUUAUCUUGCUGCCGUCUUGCCGCAUACUCUUUUUGACCGGAAAAUGUAUGUUGGGUUUGAUACAGUUUGGGAUAGAAAGUUGUUCUUUACCUUGGCUGUUAGUGACAUAAUUUCAGUACUAAUAAAAGGGAAAUUUCAAGUAUGGAUAGAGAAGUUUCUUUAAUGCAUCUUUAACAGGUGUGAAAACAUCACCUGGUGAACAUAAGGCACUUCCAUGGCUGGCAGUAGCAGAUAUUUAGAUUCUGCAAAUCAAAAUGCCACAGAAACUUUAAAAAGAAGCGAAAUCCCAGGAAGAUGAGAUGGACCAAAGCAUUCCGGAAAGCAGCUGGCAAAGAAUUGACAGUGGAUAACUCAUUUGAGUUUGAAAAACGUAGAAAUGAACCAGUGAAAUACCAGAGAGAGUUGUGGAACAAGACUGUUGAUGCAAUGAAGAGGGUGGAGGAAAUAAAGCAAAAACGCCAAGCUAGAUUUAUUAUGAACAGAUUAAAGAAGAGCAAAGAGUUGCAGAAGGCAGAAGACAUCAAAGAAGUCAAACAGAAUAUCCACCUUCUUCGUGCUCCACAUGCAGGCACACCAAAACAGCUGGAGGACAAAAUGGUGCAGAAGCUACAAGAGGAUGUGGCUAUGGAAGAAGACUCUUAAAAUGCUUUUAUUUUGUAUUUAUAUCUCUUCAGCAGUUAACAGUUCCUUACUGCCUCACCUGACAUCAUUCAGAACUGUGCUUACAGUUGAAGAAAAAUACAUUUUAAUGAAUAGUGCUCUUUUUUUUUUUGUUUUGUUUUAUAAAAAAUAACAAGAUGGAUACUGGUUUUGGCAGUACUUACAGUUAUGUAAGUUGAGAAAACCUUGUCAGCAGGAUGGAGAAUAAGGCAUAUUGUUUGAGAUACUUUGUGCUUCUCGGAAAGUUACACUUUCUGGAUUUCCUGAUAAUUCAAGGAAUAAAAGGUGUUGCCCGUGA